AUGGAUCCAAUAUACUCUGCAGCCAAAGGUAUUGUGCAUCAAGCUCAACCCAUAUUAGACGGUGGAAUUUUUACGUUUGUGUUGAACAAUUAUGUGGCUCCUCGGUUAAUCCUGACAGAGGCUGAUGAAUUGACCAUUGUUCAAAAAGAUGCUUCGCCCAGUCCGACCGAGCACAUGCGAGUUACAUUUGCACGAAGUGGUUAUGCUGUUGCAAUCGCGUUCGGAAUUAUUUGGACUAUAAUUCUGUUUGUGGUAGCAGUCAUUCUGUGUGGCCGAAAAUCUGGCCGUCGUCGUCGACAUACGCCGGAUUUGGUUUAUUUGGCCGGUUUACCAUCUCAUCCGAACGACAUUUCUCGAUGUGAUGGAACAAUUCGUUCCAACGCGUCCACACGAUUUCCGAAAUCCACAUUGCAUCGAACACGGCACCGAAUGCAGUCAAAUUGGAUUUGUCUUGCCAUACAGUUUUUUCUUCUCACAUCAUUGACCUUAUUGUUAGGCAUCGGGGUGAUGUUGGGGUUUUCGGCCAGCAGCCAGUUGCAUGGGAAUCUGGCAGCCCCGUCUACACACGAAGAAGCAGUGGGGCGACUGUUGAAACCAAAUGAAUUGAAGCACACUGAUCCACCAGCUACUCACGUCUUUCCGCGGAUUCUGCGUGCGUUAGCUCAAGUGCGAGCUUAUCUUUCGGAGUUUGUCGAGGAUACGAAAAAAUCCACGGCUCCAGUGGUCCUUGCGCUAAUAAAUGCAACUGAGGCAAUGCAAGAUCGUAUGACUACCGAGUUCAAUGCUCUUCUAUUUGAUGAAAUUGGAGCUUCAAAGGCGUUUCAACUGGGAGAUGAGGUUGGAUCCAGUGUAAUCUCAUUGAUGAAGCACUCUAUGGGUAUUGUGGAACAGGAUAUGCAAUUCAAACAGCGAUUUGAUCGGUUUAAAAUCGAACUACAGAACUGGUUGCGUCUGAUUCAGGGAUUCGGUCCCACUGGAGAUGAGGAAUGUGUCGGGACUUGUGUUCCACUUCGGGCCACUUUCACAAACAAUCUCACAGCUCGUCCGGACACAUUCAUGCCACAUUUUGCUUUUGCGGUAGCGUUGAAAUUUGUUACCACAGAUCAGAACCAGACAGCGGAUAGUGUUCAGCAACAAUUGAAUCAAGGCCGGUUAUUGGCUGAAAAACAAUUAGCCGAAACGAAAAAGGUGAUGGCUGAACGAAUUAACAUCCCCAAAACAAUCACUGAGAUGGUGGAUUCACAAUGGGCGAGUUUGGAUACACAAAUGGCUAAAAUGGUGGAAACCAUCGAUACUCAGGCCCUGAUCAUCACUCGUUCAUUGGCCCCGAAAGUUUCUUCCGGUUCCAGUGUGCUACUUACGUUUGCUUGUAUUUUCUGGAUUGUGCUCCUGUUGUUCACUGUCGGUAUCACGUGGUUAAUUAUUCACUAUCAUUGCGUACCUAGCUCUCUGAGUGUACGAAGUCGGCAUCGCGUUCGUUCGGCGGCCGGUUGUUGUUUGCUUUUCCUUGUGAUCAGUUUGAUCACAUCCACUUUGCUGUUUCUUUUUGCUGGCUACCUGUACACCGAAGGUUGCCGAUAUCUGGAACCGACGGAAGAACAAAGUCAUUCAAAGUCGGAUCGCAGUCCGGCCGACCUUCUGGACGCGCAUAUAAAUUGGUUCAUAGAUCGCCACUGGGAUGUGAUUGUGCGCCUGGCUGCAAACCACACUCCACCGGGUGCAAAGCCUAUGCCAGUACCUCAUGUGCGUAGCCCUCUGCGAGCGAUGAUGCAUCACUGUCGUGAGAAUGCUGGCAUCCUGGCUGCAUUGGACGGAAUACGUGACUUUAAUAUGGCCUCGUUAAACGACCCAAAGGUGGCAGAACAAUUUGUUCGUAUCGGAAGAGAGAUUAUGUUUAACUCCUUGAAAGCGCUGGAUGUGAAUGAGAUGUUCCCAAAAGAGACAGACGAACAGCUCAAAACUGCCGGUCUUUUGGACGGAUUUAUUGUUAACUUUCAACAAUUUCGUGAUAAUUUACCUACCACGUAUCUAAGCGUACGUCUUCCGGAUGAUGAAUCUGGAAACUAUACUUUGCUCCCGGUAGAAAGCAUGUGGUCCGCUUGGGAUGCAUACUAUGCAACUGUGCUUCAAUUCCGUUUGACUGACAAGCAGAGGCUUCGAUUAGAUCGAGCCACCCAAGAAGUACGUCUAGCGCUGGUUAAUCUGAAUGCUAUUGUCACCGCCAUAGACACGCAUUUGGUCGCGCUGUCCUCGGCCAAAAAAGUAAGUCCAAUUGUGACUGAAUUGAAAUCCACGUUGAGCAAUCUGAAGUCAUUGAUGAGUAAUAAACCAGUCUUGUUGAACAAAGCUUCUAAAUUAUUUGAUGAACACAUUCAAACAAAGACACCGACCGAGGCGGAAAAAUUAAUCGUUGAGUUCGGUCCACAACUGAUGGCCGAAGUUGGUCGCUGUCGACGAUUGUACGAGGCGGAGAACGAUAUGAAACGUGCCGUUUGUGACGGUGUGGUCGUUGUCCUGAAUGGUCUUUGGUUUGUAACCGGAUGGGUUACAUUGGUUGGUUCAAUCACCGUCGGUUGUGGUCUUGCUCUCCUAUUGCAUAAAACACCGCUUGAUACAUCUGGGCCCAGUGCAAAACCGUUCCUGUCCAAAACUCUACAAGACACACGGGAUGAGUUUUUCGGUUUGAAUGCUCAACAACGAACCGGUGAUGCCAACGAAUCCAACCGUUUCACGCAAGCCCCGGAAUUGGAGCGGCUAAAUACCCCUGACGAGCAUCCCCGUCUUUCUAUUCCAGCCCAGUCUACUCCAACCGGUAGCUCUCCAGUCUCCUCAUUCCAAACACAUGUGCAUCCCCCCAUGAAACUCAGUUCCCUGUCACCACCACCUCCACCACCUCCUCCAAUCAGACAACAAUGUGAUUCGCCACAACAGCAGCAACAAAGAAUCCAACUCCCAUCCGUCACACAGUCCUCGUUGGACAAUAAAAGUGAGGAUUAA